UUCCCCACCUCUUCCCCACCAUGUCCAAGCCUCGAGCGGCUCUGCGCUACCUACACACUCGUUCGUACGCGUCAGCCGCUUCGUCUCGACCACCUUUGAGUGGGUUGAACGCGACUGCGAGGUCUAAGGCAGAGCAGUUAUCGAAGGAUUGGAAGGGCACCAGUGCCUCCGGUGAGAACACGAAGAAUUUUAUUGCCGGGGAGUUCGUGGAGAGCAAGGCAACAAAGUGGAUCGACGUUCUCGACCCCUCAACACAAACCUUGCUUACAAGGGUCCCAGAGACCACAACCUCGGAAUUUGAACAAGCUGUGGACGCUGCUUCACAAGCUUUCAAGACAUGGAGCAACGCCAGUGUCAUUACUCGUCAAAGAUUCGUCCUUGAGCUGCAGCGUCUUAUUCGUGAGAACGCGGAGUAUAUGGCCAACAGCAUUGUUCUGGAGCAGGGCAAGACAUUGCCGGAUGCUCAUGGCGACAUCCUGCGUGGUCUCCAAGUCGUCGAGCAUGCUGCCAGUGCACCUUCGUUACUUCUGGGAGAGAAGAUUGAAGUGAGCAAGGACAUGGACACCGAAGUCCGCAAAGUACCCUUAGGUGUCACUGCUUCGAUAGCACCCUUCAACUUCCCUGCGAUGAUCCCGUUGUGGUCCAUCCCAAUGGCAACCGUCACAGGAAACACUCUCAUUCUCAAGCCCUCAGAGCGUGACCCUGGUGCGGCCAUGAUCAUCGCCGAACUGUGUCAACGCGCUGGCCUUCCCGAUGGCGUCGUCAACGUCGUCCACGGCACUAUCCCGACCGUAAACGCCAUUUGUGACCAUCCUGCCAUCAGAGCAAUUAGCUUUGUUGGCGGCGAUCGCGCUGGGAAGCAUAUCUAUGACCGGGGUACACAAAACGGCAAACGAGUACAAUCGAAUAUGGGUGCUAAGAACCACGCGACUGUCAUGCCGGAUGCAAACAAGAACCAUGCAAUCAACUCCCUGAUCGGCGCUGCUUUUGGUGCUGCUGGGCAGAGAUGCAUGGCCAUCUCGGUUGCCGUACUCGUUGGCGAUGCCCAGGCGUGGCUCCCUGACCUGAUCAAGGCGGCUCAGGGCCUCAAGGUUAGUGGAGGCUUCGAGAAGGGUGCAGAUCUUGGCCCUGUCAUCUCGCCUACCUCGAAGGAGCGAAUUCUUGGUUUGAUCGCUUCUGCGGAGCAAGAAGGCGGCAAGAUCCACCUGGACGGACGUGGUAUUCAAGUCGAAGGCUACGAGCAUGGUAACUUCAUUGGGCCCACCGUCAUUGAAGCCAACACUAGCAUGAAAUGCUACAAGGAGGAGAUCUUUGGUCCCGUCCUCGUAGUGUUGAAGGCUAACACCCUCGACGAGGCCAUAGAACUGACCAACUCCAAUCGCUACGGGAACGGCGCCGCCAUCUUCACGCAAUCGGGUGCUACGGCGCGCAAGUUCGAGCAUGACCUCAAUGUCGGCCAAAUCGGGAUCAACGUACCCAUCCCCGUACCGUUGCCCAUGUUCUCGUGGAGUGGCAACAAAGGGAGUGUGCUGGGCGACCUUGGGUUCUAUGGGAAAAGUGCCUUCGAGUUUUAUACGCAGAAGAAGACAACGACAAGCUUGUGGAAGUCCGAGGAUGCGAUUUCGAGCAAGGCGACUGUCAACAUGCCAACCCACCACUGAAUGUCCUCACGCAUCUACAUUGUUAUGUCUUUCGAGUGUAUCAAUAUAACAGUCAUUUCUGUAUAGAUGACGGCGAAUGUUGUGCAACCC